UUUUUUUUUAUUAUCACAUUAACAUACAGUAUACACAACGCACACGAUAUCCCACACGCGGUGUGGCCGACAUCGGGCACAAUCGUAAUAAUAAUAUAGGCGCGCACACAUUUUGUGGGACGCCAAAAAUCCUCUCUCCUCGCGCCACUCUCCCACUAGAUCGUUCCGUCGUCGUCUCUCUGGUUGUCGUCCGUCGUCCGACUCCGUCCGCCGAGACGUUAUAUUAUUAUUAUUAUUAUUAUUAUUAUUAUUAUUAUUAUGUUCAUUAUCGUACGCACGCUCGCACGCACAUAGGCGCGUAAGGGUCCGAUCCGUUGCGCGCGCGACGUUAUCGUGUUUCGAACUGACGACGGGGGAAAAAAAAAAAUCAAAUAAAUAAAUAAACGACAAACGUUUCAGCGAACGUUAACCCGAGUCUCGAAGCGACUCGCUACCCACUGCCACAACAGAUUACACUACAACAACAACAACAACAACAACAACAACAACAACAACAACAACGAAAACCACCGUCACCGAUCGACCAUCGCAUUGUUCGCGCGCGGUGACAACGAUCAACUAUCGAGACGUCCUUGGCUCGAUCGUGUCACGCACGCAUCACUUCUGCUCGGCCGACCCAUAAUCGUCACUCGUCACUCUCCACUAUCGUCAGCUGGACUGGACCAGUUGCCGAGUCGCAACGUGUGUGCGCGCGCCGCCGAACACGUAGGGACCACCGACCUCCUCCGCUGCCGCCGGAACAUGGGUCUGGCCACCAAUAUUCUGGUGCACGUGCGUGUCGACGAUACGUGAGCAGCAGCGACCGGAGACAGCGUCGGGCGGGUGGCCGUCGUGUGCGGACGUGUGUUGGUGAUAUAUUAUGUUGGUGGCGGCGGUGGCGUUGCGCUAUAUUGUUGUUUGAUGAUAGCCGUAUUGCCGUGGAACCAUGACCGCCCAGCAGCAGCAGCAGCAGCAGCAGCAGCAACAGCAACAGCUGAAGUUGUUCACGUACUCGGUGAUCGAGCGCAAGGACGAGAUCGAAGAGAAAUACGAACGGUGUUAUCAGACCCUCCAGAGCCUAACGACUGGCCUCAAUGACCGCGAGUACCAUGACGCGCUCACCAGUCACAUUAGCAAGGACAAGAGCCAAGAGGAAGUUAUCAGUUUGGGGCUGUUGACAGCUGUACUUCUAGAUACAAAAAACGCUGACAAAAUAUAUAGAGAUUUAACUUUGUUAUCACGCGAUGGUCUACAAAGUGUUAUAUCUCAUUUACAACAAUUUACUUUAGAAAAAUGGAGUCGACUUCUAGAUGCUCCUCGCAAACAACUAUUGUGGCUAGUUCGAGAAAUGGUACGAAAUAAUAUUGCUGGUGUAGAUAAUCUUUGUUGGAACUUGAUGCGAAAUGCAGCAGGUGGUGAUAUUUCUACAACCAAUAUUUCACUCAUUGAAUAUUUCCUUGAUCUUUAUCAAGACCAUAGAAAAUGGUUAGAGAGAUUUCCUUGGUUGAUAGCAUCCGUUGUGUAUUCUUUUUUACGUUUUAUUGAAGAUCACAGUAGUUUAAUUCCUCUACGCAAUCGAGAAGUGGCUUUCACUAUAUCUUUAUUACGUGAUCGUUUCACAGAUUGUUUGGUUAUUGGUCGAGAUUUAAUUAGAUUGCUACAAAAUGUUUCACGUAUACCAGAAUUUGAAGCACUGUGGAAAGAUUUACUUCAUAAUCCUCAAUCAUUAAGUCCAACUUUGACAAAUGGUAUUAUACAAAUAUUAGAAACUCGAACAUCUCGAAGAUUUUUACAAUCCCGACUAACACCUGAUAUGGAACGUAAAUUAGUGUUCUUUACUUCUUCAGUUCGAUUUGGUCAUCAUAAGAGAUACCAAGAAUGGUUCCAAAACAAAUAUUUGAAUACGCCUGAAGCACAAUCUUUAAGAAGUGAUUUAAUCCGAUUUAUUGUUGGGCUUAUACAUCCUACAAAUGAAUUGUUGUGUUCAGAUAUUAUACCUCGUUGGGCUGUUAUUGGUUGGCUUAUUACCACAUGUACAUCAAAUAUAGCUUUAGCUAAUGCUAAAAUGGCCUUAUUUUAUGACUGGGUUUGUUACGAUCCAAAACAUGAUAAUAUUAUGAAUAUUGAACCAGCAAUUUUAGUUAUGCUUAACUCUUUACGUAUUCAUCCAACAGUGACGGCCAGUUUGCUGGACUUUUUAUGCCGAAUUAUUCCUAAUUUUUAUCCAGCUCAAUCAGAGCGAAUACGCAAUGGUAUUUUUGUUUCAUUGCGGCAAAUUCUUGAUAAAAGAGUAUUAGCAUCAUUAGUUCCUUUGUUUACAAAUCCUCGAAUAGAUGGUGAACUUAGAGCUAUGAUACAAAAUACUUUCCGAGAAUUUUGUGAUCCACCUGCUGUUCAAGGUGAUCCUAUUAAAAAUGACGACAUAAUGGAUAAUUUACUUUCAUCGCUUAAAGAUGAGUUAAUAGCAGAAACUGAUGAUAUCUCAUUUAGUGACGAAGAAUCUGAAACAAGUCCUAAGAAAAACAUAAUCCUUGAAAAUAACAGUGUACCUGCUAUUAAAACUACCCCAUCAAAAGUUAAACUAAAAGAAAAAAAUGUGCUUCCGCCUGAUUUGGAUAAAGAAGCUUUGCAAACUUUAUCUAAAGAAUUGAGACUGGAGACUGAAACUUUAUAUUUUGAAAAGGAUAAUGAAAGAAAAUGUGAAGCUAUGGAGAAAAUAGUUCAAUUAAUUGUACAGGAUGAUGAUAUAUAUCCUGAAAUGAUAGCAGCAUUAGGCUCUUGUGUUUCAUGCUUAUUGAAAAAUCAAAUUGAAGAAAAGAUCUUUCCAUCUGUACUUAAUGAUGAUGCGUUGGAAGACAGUAUUGGAAAACCAAUAUUUGUAAUGUUUCGUAGCCUAACACAAUUUACUGAAGAUGACUCGCGUAGGUUACAACUUUUAUCAUUGCUAGCUGAAAUGAGAACACACCAAACUAGAAUUGGAUAUUUAUUACUCUAUUAUUUGCAAGUGAGCAGCUUAAUAAACAACAAUGCUGAUAGGAAAAUGAAUAAUGGUAUCAAGUCUCAUGUAUAUAAAGAAUUUUGUGAAACCCAAGAAGUCGAAUUAAAUGAAUGUUUAUUGAGUGAUCUUCAGUUAUGUCAAGAAGAUGAUGCAUCAAUGUUUUGUUGGUUAAUCCCGGCUGUCUAUAAUCAGUUUUCAAAGAUCGUUGUUGGAAAUGAAGAUUUCUUACACUUAGUUGUAUCUACUACUGAUGGUUCACAAAUACAAGAAAUAAUUUGUUUAAUUUUGCAAGGUAAAUUAAACAUGUUUCGAUCUGAUGCAGUACCAUCAUUAGCCACUAGUUCAUUGGAUUGGGAAACAAUGGAACAAUAUUUCUUUUGGCAAUUAGUGUCUGCACAUGCCAUUGAUAUUAAAGUGAUAUUAUCAAAUAUCACAAAAUUAGACUAUAAUAAUCACCCUGAAACCCUGACUAGUAUUUUGCUCACGCUAAAAAAAGAAAAGCCCACUUUAGAUUUGUUGAAACCCAUACUAUGUAGAGAAAUUAAACCUUUAAAUGACCAAUUUGUUAUAUCUGUGAUAUCCAGUUGGUAUUUGGAACAUGGAGAUAAUGUAGCUAAUCUUGUUUCUCAACUAUUAAUUAGUAGAUGCCCAGUUGUGUCUCCAACUAAACGAAAACGUGGACAAGGACAGGGUUUAGGUUCUAGAGGAGGUGUAGCGCCACCCAGUGCUGAGCGAAUACUUGGUCACAUGGAACGUAUUCGCAGUCGGGGUACUUGUCCUGUACUAUUUCGCGCUGAAGGCAUGCAAAAAGCUUUGCAAAUUGCACAAGCUGCAUGUACAGAUACACAGCGCAUGUUGUUUAGCAACCUUUUUCAGUUGCUUGAAGAGGAUGAACCUCAUACACCAACAACCAAUAAAAAUUCAACAAGUGGUAAACGUGGUCGCAAAGCAGCUCCUACGUUUGGUAAUAGUAACAAAAAAAAUGCUAAGUCUGUGAUAAAAGACCUGUCGGAGAGCUCUGAAGAGUCUAGUGAAGAGGAAGAAGUUAUAAAACCAAGACAGACAAAAAAACGGAGAAAAAUAAAUGCAGUUGCAUCUGAUAGCGAUUGAUAUAAGGUAUCUUUACUCCAUGGUAGAAUCAUUUAUACUCUACCAUAAGUUAAACAGUGCUAAACAAACAUAGUUGUUUUUCACAAUUUAAUUCCUCCUCUCCCCCAAUUUUAAUUUAAUUGUAAUAAUGUUGAAAAAAUAUAUAUAUGUAUAUAUAUAUAUAUAUAUAUAUAUACAAAAAAAAUCGGUGAAAAAUUAUUUUCUUAAAUUGUUAAUCGAUUAACAUGUUAAUACAGUGUAGUACAUUAUUUUUAUUGU